UACCUCUUACUUACCUACCUAUCCAACCUAAGCACACAACCUGCGUUGCCAGGCUGCGUACGCGGGUUUCAUCCUCGUGAUCUGGGCAUGCCCUAUUCCAUAAGCAAGAAGAAAAAAAAAGGACAAGACCAUAUCCUCAGGUCGAACCUUGAUCUCUCCACCCUCCAGCGCCUAACGCACUCACUCGGCUUGAUCUAGACCUGUUAGAUAUUCCCACAAGCCUCUAGGAACAUUGCCCCUUGCAUCCGAGGUACCCAUAGUCCCGUCUCUAACCAACCUAGCUUCGCAGUCAAUUGCGGUCGAACCCAUCGACACAUCUCCCUUCACUUACAUCCCCAUGCAGCCCAGUUUGGAGCAACAGAGAUCUUGUCACUGACUGCUGAUCCGCCACUGUUCGAGCUAGCAAGUAACACGAGCCCGUCACGAUAUAGUGGCACUUAUGACGGUUCAUUGGUCCAAAGUUGUCAGUUGGUCUGCAACAGUCUUCAUUGAACUGUUGAUACUUUGAACAUUGACGGUUCUUGUUGUCAAGCAUCGGUAUCCCAUCAACUGCUCCUCUGAAUUGUCUCCUCUUUUCUUGUUUGGGCCCGGAUUCCCAUGUUAUCGUAGAACAAAGGAAGAAACCGAAGCGACGAUCGCCGCAACUCUCACAGUCAGGCGAGUUUCUAAAGGAUUCAGCGACGGAGAUUAUGAUGGAAGUGGCCCCUUACUCAUACGCAAAACUGGCCAGAUCAGAACCAAACUCUACCAGGACGGCACUCCCUACUCGUCCCGUCGUUUCUAGAGAAAGCACUCAGCCAUCCGAAACCAUGUCUAUUCAAAUCGCCUCUUCUGUUGGAUCGAGGAGUCCUGCGGCUCAAAGUCAGAGUGACUUUUCGGAGGCACCCAGCCCCUCGAUACAGGGAUCCGAGCGAGUCAACUCAAAAAGCCCUUCUCCAUUUGAUCCUGUGCAUCAAGAGAAUUGGGCAGCUACGAAAUCAAAUUCCACGUCUAACCAGAGCGGACAGGUGUGCAGCAAUUGUGGUACUACAAGGACACCAUUAUGGAGGCGUUCGCCCCAGGGUGCUACGAUUUGUAAUGCAUGUGGACUUUAUCUAAAGGCGCGCAACUCGUCGCGCCCAACAAAUCUAAAACGGCCGCCAUCGACAGUGUCUACUACUCCGAAAAGGACACCCGAGAAGACUUCUUCUAGCUCAUGUGCUCAAGGCAGCUCGGCAAAUAUACCCGGGGCCACAUACGUCGCUGCGGAUCAAAUGCCUAAUGGAUCAUGUCCAGGUGGGGGACGAUGCAAUGGUACUGGCGGCGCAGAGGGAUGUAGUGGCUGCCCGGCGUAUAAUAACCGAGUAGCGAAGAGUGCUCAGCUCCAGAACCAAAACCGGGCAUCUGGCAAUGCAAGCGGGUCCCCUCCAGACGAUGGGCCGACUCCGAUAGACAUAAAUGCGCAGCAAGCCGCGGCUCAGAAUACGACGGUGGUAAUAGCCUGCCAAAAUUGUGGUACUACAAUAACUCCGUUGUGGCGUCGUGAUGAAUCGGGUCAUACCAUAUGUAACGCCUGCGGGUUAUAUUACAAGCUUCACGGAGUUCACCGGCCAGUUACUAUGAAGAAAUCUGUCAUUAAGAGGAGAAAGCGUGUAAUACCAGCGAACCAAAUGGAUAGUGGGUCGGAGGAUGCGAUGACGAUUGAUUCUAUUGAACAGCAGAGCCAGUAUACCGAACUCGAGAUGGAGCGUGGCAGCGUUAACGAGGACGGGUCUAUUAAUCUUGGUUUACGUCGAAAGACCGAACAUCCACUUACAUUACUCCCUGAUCCGGUCCGGUCCGGUCCCGCGUCGGCUCCGAUAUCCUCGAACGAUCUCACAGCGUAUCACACUACUAACGCACCUCACAAUUUCGAUAUUCGGGAUUCUCUCACCGACGACAAUCGUUUAGCCCCGUUGAAAUCACUUGCGGCGUUGAGUGAUCGUCAGUCGUCUCUAUCCCCCGCGUCGUUCCUCUCGCCGUCGAGGAAACGCUCCUUCUCGGGAACUGAUUCGGAAUAUGCACCGAGCGAAGCCGGAUAUGAUAGCUUCAAAAGGUUGUCCUCUAUCAAGUCUCUUCUCAACCCGGCGUCGGAAUCAAAUCCUAACUUUUGCUCGGCCGAUAACCUUGCCGAGGCAUUGUGUCUUCGAUCCCCGGCUACUACAGUCAUGUCAGCACCAAGCCCCAGCCCGCAGGGGAUGAUGUCGAACGUAUUGCCCGCGAUCCAAUCCAGAGAGAGUACGGCCGAGGAUGAGAAAUCGAAGGCUGAUAGACUAGCGGCGCUUCAACAAGAAGCUGAACGGAUACGUCAGAUGCUCGCGGCGAAAGAACGUGAGAUGGCCGCGCUGCAGUAGGGAACAUUCUUUGCUCUCUGAAUUUGCGUUGAUUUCUUUUAUUUUGAUGACCAAAAUUACGACUGGGAGCCAUAGGACUUAAUCUAAGGGAACAAAGCGAAACCGCAAAAGGAUGAGUCAAACACUACGGGGCGUCAUUGGGUCGAGUUUUUUUUUUUUUUUAUCAGCGGCCUUUGCUUUUCGGCAGCAUAGCAUAUGUGCUCGGCGUAUCGUGAGGUCGCAAAAAUACAUGCGAGGGUUAGGAGGCAUGAUAUUAUGAAUUGCGGAGCAUGGCUACCAUGUUCCCAUGGCAUGGGCAAUCCAACUGAUUUUUAAUGGUACCCCGUACAACAAAUUAUAUAGAAGGUAUGGAAAGGAUGGGGCUGGGUAGGGGAUAACUUCAACCAAAGUACCUAGUUCAAGAGGAUUAAGGCAUAAAUCACGAGCUUCAUACGGAAUAAAUAAUAUUCUACCAAGGCAAGAAAUACAA